AGACCGGUUCCGGUUGCGUCAGCGUGGGCUUCACGGCGGAAUGAGGCUGUUCGUGAGCGAGGGUGCCCCGGGGAGCCUGCCGGUGCUGGCCGCGGCCGGGAGGGCCCGGGGCAGAGCGGAGCUGCUCAUCAGCACUGUGGGCCCGGAAGAGUGUGUGGUCCCGUUCCUGACCCGACCUAAGGUCCCUGUCUUGCAACUGGAUAGUGGCAACUAUCUCUUCUCCACUAGUGCAAUCUGCCGAUACUUAUUUCUGUUAUCUGGCUGGGAGCAAGAUGACCUCACCAACCAGUGGCUGGAAUGGGAAGCCACAGAGCUGCAGCCAGCUUUGUCUGCUGCCCUAUACUAUUUAGUGGUGCAAGGCAAGAAGGGGGAUGAUGUUCUUGGCCCAGUUCGGAGAGCCCUGACUCACAUUGACCAUAGCUUGAGUCGCCAGAACUGUCCUUUCCUGGCGGGGGAGACAGAAUCUCUGGCUGACAUUGUUCUGUGGGGAGCACUGUACCCAUUACUCCAAGACCCAGCCUAUUUCCCUGAGGAGCUGAGUGCCCUGCAUAGCUGGUUCCAGACAUUAAGUACCCAGGAGCCAUGUCAGCAAGCCGUAGAGACUGUGUUGAAACAGCAGGGUGUCCUGGCCCUCCGACCCUACCUCCAAAAGCAACCCCAGCCCAGUGCCCCUGAGGGGAAGACUGUCAGCAAUGAGCCUGAGGAGGAGGAACUGUCUACCCUGUCUGAGGAGGAUAUUGCCAUGGCUGUUACUGCAUGGGAGAAAGGCCUGAGAGGCUUGCCCCCACCUCGGCCUCAGCAGAAUCCAGUGCUGCCUGUGGCUGGAGAAAGGAACGUGCUCAUCACCAGUGCCCUCCCUUAUGUCAACAAUGUCCCUCACCUUGGAAACAUCAUUGGUUGUGUGCUCAGUGCUGAUGUCUUUGCCAGGUACUCUCGCCUCCGCCAGUGGAACACCCUCUACCUGUGUGGAACAGAUGAGUAUGGUACAGCGACAGAGACCAAAGCUAUGGACGAGGGUCUCACCCCACAGGAGAUCUGCGACAAGUACCACGUUAUCCAUGCUGACAUCUAUCGCUGGUUUAACAUCUCCUUUGAUAUUUUUGGUCGCACCACCACUCCACAGCAGACCAAAAUCACACAGGACAUCUUCCAGCGAUUGCUGGCACGAGGUUUUGUGCUGCAAGAUUCGGUGGAGCAACUGCGGUGUGAACGCUGUGCCCGCUUCCUGGCUGACCGCUUUGUGGAGGGCGUGUGUCCCUUCUGUGGCUAUGAGGAAGCCCGAGGUGACCAGUGUGACAAGUGUGGCAAGCUCAUCAAUGCCAUUGAGCUCAAGAAGCCUCUGUGUAAAGUCUGCCGAUCGAGCCCUGUGGUGAAGUCCUCCCAGCACCUGUUCUUGGACCUUCCUAAGCUGGAAAAGCGAGUGGAGGAAUGGUUGGAGAGGACAUUGCCUGGCAGUGACUGGACGCCCAAUGCCCGGUUUAUCAUUCGCUCUUGGCUUCGGGAUGGCCUCAAGCCACGCUGUAUAACUCGUGACCUGAAAUGGGGAACACCUGUGCCCUUAGAAGGUUUUGAGAGCAAGGUGUUCUACGUCUGGUUUGAUGCCACUAUUGGCUAUCUGUCCAUCACAGCCAACUACACAGACCAAUGGGAGAAAUGGUGGAAGAACCCAGAGCAAGUGGAGCUAUAUCAGUUCAUGGCCAAAGAUAACGUUCCCUUCCAUGGUAUAGUCUUUCCUUGUUCAGCCCUAGGAGCUGAGGACAACUACACUUUGGUCAGCCACCUCAUUGCUACAGAGUACCUGAACUAUGAGGAUGGGAAGUUCUCUAAGAGCCGGGGUGUGGGAGUGUUUGGGGACAUGGCUCAGGACACAGGGAUCCCUGCUGACAUCUGGCGCUUCUAUCUGCUGUACAUUCGGCCUGAGGGCCAGGACAGUGCCUUCUCCUGGACAGACAUGCUGCUCAAGAAUAAUUCUGAGCUGCUUAACAACCUGGGCAACUUCAUCAACAGAGCUGGGAUGUUUGUGUCAAAGUUUUUUGGGGGAUAUGUUCCUGAGAUGGUGCUCACUCCUGACGAUCAGCGCUUGCUGGCUCACGUCACCCAAGAACUCCGGCAUUACCACCAGCUGCUUGAGAAGGUUCGGAUCCGGGAUGCCUUACGCAGUAUCCUUACCAUAUCUCGACAUGGCAACCAAUACAUUCAAGUGAAUGAGCCCUGGAAGCAGAUUAAAGGCAGUGAGGCUGACAGGCAACGGGCAGGCACAGUGACAGGUGUGGCAGUGAAUAUAGCUGCCUUGCUGUCUGUCAUGCUUCAGCCUUACAUGCCCACAGUUAGUGCCACCAUCCAGACUCAGCUGCAGCUCCCACCUCCAGCGUGCAAUAUCCUGGUCACAGACUUCCUGUGUACCUUACCAGCAGGACACCAGAUUGGCACAGUCAGUCCCUUAUUCCAAAAGCUGGAAAAUGACCAGAUUGAAAGUUUGAGGCAGCGCUUUGGAGGGGGCCAGCUAGAAGAGUCCUUGGAGUUAAAGGUGAAACCAUCCCCGAAACCAGCAGUUGUAGAAACUGUUACAGCAGCAGGGCCACAGCAGAUACAAGUGCUCAUGGAGGAAGUAACAAAACAGGGCAACAUUGUCCGUGAACUGAAAGCACAAAAGGCAGACAAGAACCUGGUUGCUGCGGAGGUGGCUAAACUCUUGGAUCUAAAGAAACAGCUGGCUCUAGCUGAGGGGAAACCCCUUGAAGCCCCUAAAGGCAAGAAGAAAAAGUGAAAGAACUGGGCUUAUAGAACAUCACUUUAAUAGAUACAGGCAUUAAUAAAUAAAUGUAUGCUCUCUAUGUA